UGUUUUGUUCGUUUACUUUCUCUCUGUUCUUUUCUUCAUUCAUUCAUUCAUCACCUUCUAAGUCCCCACCAUUUUCAUUUUCAUAAAAACACACACACUCUCCGUGAUCAACGAACCUAACCAUAACCACUAACCAGUAACCAACUUCAAUUUCAUUUCUCAAUUCAACUCCCAACACUUUUCCAAUUCUACCCUCAUAAUCCAUUUUCUUCAAUUCACUAAUCCUACAUUAUUACAUUACAAAUUUUACAUUCACAUGCAAAAAAUGCUUUGAUCUUAACAGAAACAACAACAAUUCAAUUCAAUUCAAUGGGUAUUUGCACUUCAAAAUCAACACACUCCUCCUCUCGCAAUUUCAACACUAACAACAACCUUCAACUUCCUCCAACCAACUCCGUUACAGUUAACGCCACUUCAGAACCUUACACAAACUCCGUUAAUGGCGAAAACCAAAACCCUAAUACUGAACAACAAAAUGUUAAGAGAUCUCCGUUUUUUCCGUUCUAUAGUCCGAGUCCAGCUCAUCAAUUUUUCUCAAAGAUGUCUCCGGCGAGGAAAUUUUUUAAGAAACCGUUUCCUCCACCGUCUCCGGCGAAGCAUAUAAGAUCGCUUCUAGCACGGAGACAUGGUUCGGUUAAGCCUAAUGAAGCUUCGAUACCGGAAGGUGGUGAAGAGGAGACUGUGUCUGUUGCUGCUCUUGAUAAGAAUUUUGGAUUCUCCAAGCAUUUUGGAAGUAAAUAUGAUGUUGGAGAUGAAGUUGGAAGAGGACAUUUUGGUUAUACUUGUGCUGCUAGGUUGAAGAAAGGUGAUCUUAAAGGUCAACAAGUUGCUGUCAAAGUGAUUCCUAAAGCCAAGAUGACUACUGCUAUUGCUAUUGAGGAUGUGAGAAGGGAAGUGAAAAUAUUGAGAGCUUUGAAUGGACAUAAGAAUCUAGUACGAUUCUAUGAGGCUUAUGAAGAUAAUGCUAAUGUCUAUAUAGUAAUGGAAUUGUGUGAAGGUGGAGAGCUGUUGGACAGAAUAUUAUCAAGAGGUGGGAAAUACACAGAGGAAGAUGCAAAAGCUAUCCUGAGACAAAUACUGAAUGCUGCUGCAUUUUGCCAUCUACAGGGUGUUGUACAUCGUGAUCUUAAACCGGAGAACUUCUUGUUUGCAUCCAUGGAUGAAAACUCAGAACUGAAGGCCAUAGACUUUGGGCUGUCAGAUUUUGUUAAACUAGGUAUGUUUGGAUUCCUUUUACAAGUAUAUAUUGCAUAUCUUGGACAUGCUUUGUUUUUUGACCUCUCAUUGUGCUUUACAGAUGAAAGGCUCAAUGAUAUUGUGGGUAGUGCAUACUAUGUGGCUCCUGAAGUUCUACAUAGAGCUUAUAGUACUGAGGCUGAUGUCUGGAGUAUUGGAGUGAUUGCAUAUAUUUUAUUAUGUGGCAGCCGUCCCUUUUGGGCUCGGACUGAGUCUGGCAUCUUUCGUACUGUAUUGAAAGCAGAUCCAAGUUUUGACGAACCUCCUUGGCCUUCUCUAUCAGACGAGGCAAGGGAUUUUGUUAAGCGAUUACUAAAUAAAGAUCCAAGGAAAAGAAUGAGUGCAGCGCAGGCAUUACGUCAUCCGUGGAUUAAAAACUACGAGGAUGCGGAAUUGCCUUUGGAUAUUUUAGUAUUCAAGCUCAUGAAGACAUACAUGCGUUCUUCAUCUCUAAGAAGAGCUGCUUUAAGGGCUCUGUCUAAGACAUUAACUGAGGAUGAGCUCGUUUAUUUGAAAGAGCAAUUUGCACUUUUAGAGCCCAACAAAAAUGGCACCAUUAGCUUGGAAAAUAUACAAGCGGCCUUUACGUUAAAUGCCACAGAUGCUAUGAAGGAGUCACGCAUUGCUGACUUUCUGGCAUCACUUAAUGCAUUGCAAUAUAGAAGGAUGGGUUUUGAUGAGUUCUGUGCAGCUACACUUAGUGUUCAUCAACUUGAAGCACUUGACCACUGGGAAAAGCGUGCUCGUUGUGCCUUUGACAUGUUUGAAAAGGAUGGAAACAAGGCCAUAGUCAUCGACGAAUUAGCUUCGGAACUUGGGCUUGGUCCAUCUAUCCCUGUACAUGCUGUUCUUCAUGAUUGGAUUCGGCACACUGAUGGGAAGUUAAGCUUCCUUGGAUUUGUAAAAUUGUUGCAUGGCCCAUCAAGGAGUCUUGCAAAAGCUCAAUAAAGAUUUUUGAAGCUCAAUACAAUAUCCAAGGCUGCUAAACAAUACCACGAUAAUCUGUUACAAGGCACAAGUUUUUUUUCUUACCAUAUGAUGGAGUUAAUUAAACCUUACCAUAGGAGUUUGUAUUUUUCCACUGUAAAGCUGUAGUCUGUUAAGUUACAGGUGAGAAUAUGUAUGGUUGUUAUUAGUAGGGUACACUUAUAUAUUGCAAGUUUGUAACACGUUCUGAGAUUUAGAGUUGAGAAACGAUAUUCUUGUCCACGUGCAAAUUAAUUGACUUGCAUCCCAGGCUGUGAAUAAAAGAGCUUUUGGUCUUUUGGUGUCA